UGACAGUGCCAUUGAAUGUGCCGACCAUCAGCAGGCAUUUGCGCCUAUAUAACAGAUAUGCUUGCCUCGAAUCUUGCGCCGAUGUCGAAACAGAAGAUGCUCUCAGUGAUUCUGAACUGCUGCUUCCGAAACCAAUUAAAAGCAGUGCCAAACAUAUCGAAGAAGUAUCGUUUUCCAGAAGGCACCGAAGAAGACGUGAGAAGUUGAAGAAGAUGUCUUCUUCGAUCGAAAAGCGCUGAGAAAUUGUUAAGCCAAAACCCGAUCUGGAGUGCUUGGACGCAGGAGGAAGCAUUGAGUAGCUUCAAGUUGCAAAUGGAUACAGGUGAUGCAUUGCGUGGCUUUUGCCGCAAUCAUAAGUCUAAAAAAGUUGCAUAUACACAAUCAUUGCGGACCAAGCAAGUUUACGACAUGCUGGCAUCUAAAGAAAUUACCAGCGGGGAUUCGGCAAAUACCUUGGUUAUGUGCAUCGGGAACGCGGGCACCGGAGUCGGAUCACGUAUCAGAGGUCACGCACGGCGAGGAGGAAAGAAGAUGCGGACUGCACAUGCACGAAACACUGCUGUUGCAAUGACAAACGAAUUUUGCUCAUCCAAGACCUGUGUGUUUCGUUUUCAUCAAACAGAACUUGCGACAAAAACAUUACCCAAUGGCAAAAAGAAGCAACUACUUGGUGCCGUCAAAUGCAUCAACCCAGAUUGUCCUGCCGUCCGAAGAGGACACGCAACGAGGAAUCGCGACCAGCAAGCUGCAUUCGCUAUUGGUCUGGCAGGUGCGGUCCGAAUGCUUUCGAAGAGCAACAUAACCUUGCCGCCGUUCGAUCCACGGCCUGAAAGCGAUGACAAUAUGUUAUUCAAAAUAAAUAAUGAUACAAACACUAUUGAGGCUAUCCGAAGCGAUACGCCUAUGGUCCCACUCAGCUUGAGUGGAUUAACAGUGGGCCAACUCGCCCAAGACUAGCUAACACAGUAUAUCUUCCUUAUUAUUCACUACGCCUUAAUUCAGUAUUCGUUAUAAAGCGACAUGGUCGUUGU